AUGGUAUCAGAUCCAGGAAAUAAUAAGCCAAGAGAUGUCUUUCACAAAAGAAUUCUUAAAUCGUACCAUAAAAGACAACAACUUCAACAACGUAUCAUGACUUCUACAAAUUCAUCCGAUGAAGAUGGCGCAGCUUCAGCUUAUCGAGAUCAGGACGGGGAUUUUAUCCCUAAAAAACGUUUUCGCCUAAGGGAAAAUGAACCGAUUGAUAAAAGUUCGUCUAAUAGUACUACUACUACUAAUGCUAUCGAGUCGAGCUCGAUGGGUAGUAGUAGUACUGUUGUUAAAAUUCCACAUGAUAAUAUAGAGUUGAAAUAUGGAUGUAUAUCGAUGAUCGGACGGAGGAGAGUGAUGGAAGACGCUAUAAAAGCGUCGAUUAAAAUAGCGAAUAAUGAGUUUGUGUUUUUCGGAGCGUAUGAUGGUCAUGGAGGGUCUAGGGUUUCACAGGCAUGUCGUGAUCGUUUAGAUUAUGUACUCGAGGAGGAUGGUAACAGUAGUCAAGUGGAUUGGGAAAAAGUGAUGGUGACGUGUUUUUCGAAGAUGGAUAAUGAAGUUAUGAGAGAAGGGAAUACGACAGUGGGGUAUGAGGAUGGUAGAUUUGAGGAUGGAAGGAAGACGGUGGGGUCUGCGGCGGUGGUGGUGAUAGUGGGGAAAGAAGAAAUAGUGGUAGCUAAUUGUGGCGAUUGUAGGGCUAUACUUUGUAGUCGUGGUGUUGCUAUACCCUUGUCUAAUGACCAUAAGCCUGAUAGAUCAGAUGAGAAGAAAAGGGUAGAAGCAGCAGGUGGUAAAAUUCUAAAUUUGAAUGGUUAUAGAGUUCAAGGAAUCCUUGCUACUUCAAGAUCCAUAGGUGAUGAUUGUCUAAAAUCAUUUGUGAUACCAGAGCCAGAAGUGACAGUGUACAAACGUAACGAAUUGGACGAAUUCAUAGUAAUUGGCACAGAUGGUUUAUGGGAUGUUGUGUCCAACGAAGUCACGUGCGACGUCGCAAGAAAAUGUCUCGGACAGAUUCGGAGGAAGUUCUCCGAACGAGACAGUGCGGCGGAUGCCGCCGCACUUUUAGCCGAGUUGGCUAUUGCUAAGGGAAGUAAAGACAAUAUUAGUGUUAUAGUAGUUGAGCUUUGA